GAUCGAUUGGUUCACACUGUACGCAGAAGCAGAGACGAUCUCUGCUGUUCCUGACAUAGCCCCGUGGUGUGGUACCAUGGGGGCGGACGGGAAGAAGCCGUACAUCAUCGCGGUGAUCAUACAGGUCAUCUACACGGGCAUGUUCGUCGUCUCCAAGGGGGCCUUCAACCAGGGGAUGAACACCUACGUCUUCAUCUUCUACCGCCAGGCCGCCGCCUCUCUUCUCUUGCUGCCUCUAGCCAUUCUCCUCGAAAGGAAAAAUGCGCGGUCAUUGUCGUUCCGGUUGCUCCUGAAGCUGUUCUUGUUUGCCUUGAUUGGGACAACAUUUAGCUUGAAUGUGUACAACGUGAGCCUCAAGUUCACGUCUGCAACCGUAGGAUCUGCAACGAGCAACUCCAUGCCUGUGGUCACCUUCUUCAUAGCGCUUCUGCUGAGGAUGGAAGUGGUGAAGCCGAGGAGCCCUUCAGGUAUCGCCAAGCUCACUGGAGUCGCACUCUGCCUCGCCGGAGUUCUACUCAUUGCCUUCUACGUCGGGCCGUCCCUGAACCCAGUCAACCACCACCGCGCGUUGGCCACCGCCCACGCAGACGGAGACACGACGAGGGGGACGUGGAUCAAGGGCACGUUCCUCAUGGUGCUCGCCAACGUGACGUGGUCCCUGUGGAUCGUCCUGCAGGCGGCGCUCCUCAAGGAGUACCCCAACAAGCUGCUUGUCACGGCGACGCAGUGUGUCUUCAGCGCGGUCCAGUGCUUCUUCGUCGCCCUGGUCGCCGAGAGGGACUUCUCCCGGUGGCAGCUCCGGUUCGAUGUCUCGUUGCUCGCCGUCCUAUACACGGGGUUCGUGGUGACGGGAGUGUCCUACUACCUGCAAGCGUGGUGCGCCGACAUGAAAGGCCCCGUCUUCCUCGCAGUCUGGAACCCACUGUGCUUCGUCUUCACCAUCUUCUCCUCGUCCUUCUUCUUAGGAGAGAUCGUUCACCUCGGCAGUAUCUUGGGUGGGAUUCUUCUUGUUGGAGGUCUGUAUAGCGUGCUGUGGGGUAAAAGCAGGGAGAAUCGGAUCGCGCCGUGCGGUGAGAUGAAUGUGAUCGAUGGCGCUGAAGAAGAGAGAUCUGCAAAGGAUGAGAAGGAUGAGAGGGGCGACCAAGAGAAAGGGGACAUGAAGCAGCACGAUAAGGCAGUUGUGAUAUCGCCGGUUGAACAAGUCUGAUUUGAUCGAUUAAAAGAGAUUCGGAACGACUCCAUCCAAUUAUUUCAGGGACUUAAAAUUCAAUUCGAUUCAAUCCACAUAGUAGAAGGGGAACAAAAAAGGGCCUAAUCUACUUUGAAAAGCAGUGUCACCUGAAGUAUUUGAAAACCACGGUCACCUGAAGUUGCAGACUGCUAAGGCUAACAAUCCACUCUUUGAAGGUGUGCAAUCUUUAGCCCUUAGGCUGCAUAUACAGUAACUUGGAGAUGAA